GAGAUGGGAGAAGAAAUAUUGCAAGCGCCCGUGGACUAUUUAACUUUGACUUGGGCUCGCAGUUUGCAAGCAAACUCCUUACAUGAGGGCUGUGGGUGGCACUGGCUUCCACCAAUCAACGCUUCGGACCGCACUUUAUUGUAUCCAGGAGUAGCUAAUAAUUUAAAUUUAUGAAUAUAGUUUACCAAAGCGUAUUAACAACUUGGAGGAGACAUGCUCUUGGUGGUCAAAGUGUAAUCUACCUCUUACAUUUGACGUUGGCGAUGUGCAUAGGCCACGUGCCCACGCCUCACCACAUGCAUUUAGGCUAUAUGAUUAGGAGAGAGGAGAGGCUGGCCUAUAGGAAGAAAAUAAACAUAGAUGGCACGUCCCGUUGUAAUUCACACCUAAGCAUAACUUACCUGCCGAAAAUAGACAACGUUGUAUGGAUACCUAGCUCGUGAUAGCUAGAGUUGUACGAUGACUCGGUUAAUAUGGUACACUUCAAUACAAAAGUCUCGCUCUCUUUGCUGAGACUGUAGGUUGUACAUAUAGACAGAGUGCGUAGGACUCGCUCGAAGAAGGAUGAUUCUAUGACUCUUUGCCCUUCUUGUCUCUCCGCUUGCCCAUGUUCCGUACGCGAGGAACCACAACCCAUUUGUUGGGGUUGUUCUUUCUGCGUGUCUUGUAACCACCUUUCGACGGUGUACCCCAAGGACUUGUCGGGUGUCGGUUACCCUUGGAUUUACCACGACCACCACCGUGAGGGUGAUCCACUAGAAGCCAACAAUUAAUAUCAUAUCUGACAUGAACCCGGAUCGCGUAUCUACCAUACCUUUGUUCAUUGCCACACCACGU